AUGGUUGAUAGUGAAUUUCACGAUGUUCUAGAUACAACAUAUGAAAUUGUAUCAAAUCGUAUAUUAAAUAUAAAUGAGAAAUGGAAAAAUAAAUCAUUCAACAAUUCCAACAUGAAAAAUAUUCUGGAAGAAAGAAAUGAUGAUGGAAAUCAUCAUAUAUUUAGUACACACGAUAUUAUGAAGAAUAAGAAUGUAUACCCCAAUGAUAGUAGAAGGAUAUCUACAAAUGACAUUUCAAGGAGCGAAACUAGAAGUGCGAAGGUUGGUUUAUAUAAUAAUAUAAGUGAUAGCUUAUCUAAACUUAAAACAAUAAUAAAUUAUGAUAAGGAUGAAAAAAGUAGUAACGAAAAGACAGAAAAUUGUAAUACAUAUAUAGAAGAAGACAUAAAUAUUUUAAGAGAAUAUAAUACAAAAAUUGAAGACAUGAAUAUGUUAAAAGAAUAUGAUAUAAAUAAAAAAUUAAAUAUAAAAGAAACAUUAGAAAAUGAAUAUACAAAAAAUGAUGAUACAUAUAAUAAUAGUACUAAUAGUAAUGGUUAUAAUAAGGAAAUUGAAUUUUUAAAAAAUGUUGCUAAGGAACAUUCUUUAAAAAAAAUAGAAAAGAAUAUAAAUCUUUUAUUAAAGUGUGAUAGUGAUAAUAAUGAUAAUUUAGAAUUUAAAAAGAAUAACGUACAUUUAAAUAAUAAUGAUUACAGAAGUGAAGAUCUUUUUCAUGAUAAUCGUGUGAAUAAUCAGAACUAUUUAAAAGAUAUUAUAAAAGAUUAUUUUAUACAUGAUGAUAAUAUUAUGAUAAAAAGGAAUAAUGAUAUUAAUGUUAUGCAUAAAGAUAAUAGAAAUGAUCAGAAUGAUAAAAAUUAUUCUAGAAAUAUAAAUCCAUAUAAUGAGAGACAUAUAUUUGUUGAUAAAACAAAUAAAAAUGGUAAUAAUAAUAAUAAUAAUAAUAUUAAUAGUAAUAUUAAUAGUAAUAGUAAUAAUUUUGCUUCCAUAUCAAAUAUUAAUAAAAAAAUUAGCUAUCCCUUAAAUAUGAAUUAUUCUAAUAGUGAAGACAAAACAUUAAAUCAAAUAAAUUUAGAUAUGUCUAUUCUAUCAUCAGGUAGUUUAAAAAAUGCAUAUAGUUUCUAUUCGUUAAGUGAAAAAAAUAACUCUAACAAUAUAGGGAUCAAUAGUCAUAAAAAUAAUAUGAAUGAAUAUAAGGAUGUGAUAGAUGAAGAUAUAAAUAUUAGUAAGUUUUCUAAUAUAUCAAAUUUACAUGAUUCUGAAAUGAAUGAUAAUAAUGAAUUUAAUUCUUUAUGCUCUUUUAAUGGAAGCUCUAAAUGUGUAAAAGAUGAAAUGGUAACACAAUUUGUAGGAAAUAAAAAAUAUGUAAAGACGAUGGAUAUGGUAAAUGAUAAUUACAUGAAAAAUAGUAUAGAACAGCAUUCUAUAAACAUGGAAUCAAAUCAUUUUAAAAAUCAAAAAAUUAAUUCUGGAAAAGAGGAUGCUAAUAAUGAUAACCUUAAUUGUUCGCAUAUAUUAAAAAAUAAUAAAGGAAUUGGACAAAAUGUUAGUAAUUUAUCAGAUUAUUUAUAUUCGAUUAAGAAACAAGAAAAUAUGAAUAACCUGUCGAAUAAUGAAGCGUUAAAUAAUAUCAAUGUAACUAAGAAUAAUGGUAGUAAUAAUAAUAAACAUAAUAGUAAUAUAUAUAAUACUAGCCAAUAUGUAUAUAAUCCAAAUGAUAAUAUAAAUAAUAUGAAUCAUCAAUUGAAUUUAUCUUAUAUGAAAAAUAAUAACAAUUUGAACAUGUCAAAUGGUUUUAAAAAAAUAACGAAAAAUAAAAACAUCAUCUCCAAUAUCGAUUUUGAUAAUAACAUUUUCAAAAAUUAUAUUAAAGAAAAUGUUGUAAAGAAUGAAGAAAGUAAUAUGAAUCAUCAACACUUAGAGAAAAGUUAUACAAACGAUCAAAUAAAUAUAAAAAAUAAUAAUAUUGAAAAUAACACGCAAAAUACAACUUGCAACAAUUUUAUAAAUACAAAUGAUGAUAUUAUAAAUAAAAAAAAAAUUAAAGAAAUUUAUAAAAAAAUCGAUUCUAUAUCUUUAUUGAAUGAUCUUAGUUUAAAUAAAUUAGAAAGUCUAAAUAGUAGUAUUAUGGAUAUAUAUACGAAAAAUAAUUAUGAGGAAAAAUUUCUUGAUGAUGUAAUAUUAGAUGAUAGUAUUUUUGCUACAUCGAAUGAAUUACUUCAACAUAGUAACUAUACAACUAAUCAUAUUUUUGAUAAUAAUAAUAAUAAUAAUAUUAAUCAAGAGGAGAAGGAUCUAUUUCAAAAUGAUUAUAACAAGGAAAUAUAUAAUAAUAAUAAUAUGCUAUCUGAAAAUAAUGCAGAAAAUCUCUUCAAAAUUUCAUAUAGUUGUAACGACUCAGUGUUAGAAAAAAAUAAUGAAAUAAUCCAAGACAGAAAUAUGGAAAAUAGUAAAACAGAACAAUAUGAAGAAUAUCAAACCAAAGAAGAUAUAAUAAAGUUAUACCAUAAAGAUAACAAUAUUAUUAUAGAUAAUAAUAAUUAUAAUGAUGUGAAAAUAAAAAAAGACUAUCACUUAAAAAUGAAUAGUCAAGAUAAUAUGAAAAUAAAUAAAAGUCAAGAUUCUAAAAAAAACAAACCGAUUAAUAAUAACAAAUGUAAUGUAAUUCAUAAUAAAAACUUUAAAAUAAACGAAAUAGAUCAUUUAAAAGAAGAAAAUACAUUAAAUUAUGAAAGUAAAAAUAUAAUAAAUACUUGUAAGGAUAAUUUAGAAGGUGACGAAAAUAAUAUUAAUAAUAUAAACGAAUUAAAGAAUAAGUCUUUACAAUUUGAUAAAAAUAUAUUAUUAAAAAAUACAAUGAGUCUUCAAAAAGAUUAUUCCAAUAUAAAAAAUCGGAAAGCAAAUACAUCGAAUAUUGAUAAUAUAAAUAAAUAUACUUCUAAUAAUAUAUCAAAUAAAAGUGAUAUAUUUAUAAAUAAUAAUAAUAAUAAUAAUAAUAAAUCAAAAAGCUAUAACAAAACAGAUAUCAUAAAUAUUUUUUCAAAAAAUAAGUCGAAUGAUGAAGAUACGUUUUUUAAAUGUUUUACAUAUAAAGAACAUUUAAGUAAUUAUAACAAAAAUGAUGAAAAUCUAUUUACAACAUUUUCAAAUGCUUUCAAUAUACCACAAAUAAAUAAUAAUAUAAAAAAUACACAUAAUGAUAUAUUAAACAUAUCCAAUAAAUAUAAUACCACAAAUAAAACAAAUAUGGAUAUAUUUCAAAAUAAAAAUUCACUUGAUAUGCAAGAAACAAAUUUGAUAAAAGAAAAACAACAGUUCAUAAAAACAGAUAUGUCAUCAUAUGAUAAUAGCAUAAAAAAUGAUAAUAGUCGUGAUAUAAGAGAAAACAUAAAUUGUUCUGUUAAAAAUGAAUAUCAAAGUUUCAAUAAAAAUAUGUCAAAUGAAAAUUUAAGUAGUAUGAAUGUAUCCCCUUGUAAUCAUAUGUAUAAUGAAAAUAAUGAUAUAAUAAAUAUUAGUAAAUAUAUAGAACAUCGAAUAAGAAAAAAUGAAGAGGAAAAUACGAUGAAGAACAAUAUUAAUGAAGAUACAUCUUCAAAAGAUUUUAAUUGUUUUUCUAAUAAUGAAAAAAAAAAAAAAUUUACUACAAAUAAUACUCUUGUUCUAACAAAUAUAAACAUGAAUAAGAUAGAGAAUAAAAUGAGUGGUUUAUCAUAUGAUCAGUCACAUAAAGGUAUAAAUAAUAAAAAAUAUAAUGAUAUUAAUGAAGUGGAUAAUAAUGAAGAGGAUAAUAAUGAAGUGGAUAAUAAUGAAGAGGAUAAUAAUGAAGAGGAUAAUAAUGAAGAGGAUAAUAAUGAAGGGGAUAAUAAUGAAAAGGAUAAUAAUGAAGAGGAUAAUAAUGAAAAGGAUAAUAAUGAAAAGUAUAAUAAUGAAGUGUAUAAUAAUGAAGUGGAUAAUAAUGAAGUGUAUAAUAAUGAAGUGGAUAAUAAUGAAGUGUAUAAUAAUGAAGAGGAUAAUAAUUCUUAUAAUAAAGAGUAUAAUAUUCUUUUUGAUAAAAAGAAUAUUUCAAAUCUUUAUGAUAAUAAUAUAUUUUCUUUAUCAAAAAAUAAUACACACAGUCUGAACAUAUCAUCUUCGAAUAUAUCUCCUACAAAUGUAAGAAAUAAUUUAAAUGACAAUUUGUAUAAUUAUUCGUUUGAUAAUAAACAUAAUAAUGAAAGUAAAGAAGAAUUUAAUUAUUCAUCUUAUCAAAAUGAAAUAAAAUAUAGUAAUAUGAAUAGUAUGGCUGAAAUGUUCAGUUUUGGUGUUCAUAAUAAUUCCUCUGUUUUUUUUUUUGAUAACUUAAACAAUUAUUCUAUGAACGAAAAUUGUGACAAUUCAAUAAAAAAUUUUGUUUUUAAGGAUGAUGCUUUAAUAUUAAAGGAAAAAGAUGAAAUUAUAAAAAAUAACACGAUAAAAGAGGAAAAUAUAAAAGAGGAAAAUAUAAAAGAUGAAAAUAUAAAAGAUGAAAAUAUAAAAGAUGAAAAUAUAAAAGAAGAAAAUAUAAAAGAAGAAAAUAUAAAAGAAGAAAAUAUAAAAGAAGAAAAUAUAAAAGAAGAAAAUAUAAAAGAUGAUAUAAUAAAUAAUGAUAUAAUAAACGAUGACAUGAUAAAUGAUGAUAUUUCAUUCGAAAAUAAUUAUAAAAAUAUGCAUAAUUCAAAAACAAUACCUUUAAAUGAGGUUAAAAAUUUAAUAAUGUCUUCUAAUAUGAAUAACGAUAUACCAUACUUCAAUGAAUACAAUGAAUAUCAUUCAAACAAUAAUUAUAUUUUUAAUCAAAACAUUGUCAAUAAUUCUGUGCAUGGAAUAUUAUCACAUAAAGAGAAAAUAAUAAAAAGUGAUAUAACAAAUAAGAAUCAUUUUGAGAGAAAUGAAAUUAUAAAUUCUGACGCAAAAAUGAUAGUCAAACAACAAAAUAAAAGUAUAAAUAGUUACUUAGAGGAUAAUAAAAAAAAAAAUCAUGACAACAAAAAUGACAACAAUGAAGAUGAUAAAAAAGGGUUUUCUAACAACAUAUUGGAAGGGUAUAACCAUAUGAACAAUCAUAAAAAUAAUAAUGAUAAUAAAAAUGAUAAUAAUAACAACAAUAAUAAUAAUGUUGUUAAUAGUAAUAUUCAUAAUAAUUGUAAAGGUACACGAGAUAGAAAAAUUGUUCGAAAGAACUCAACCAGCGAAAUAGCUAGCGAUAUUUUAGAAACAUGCAGUACUAAUUAUUCUUUUGAAAGAAGCGAAAAAGCAUUUGAGCGAAAUGAACACGUUUUAAAAACAGAUUCUCUUAUAUUCAGAAAGGAAGAAAAUAAAGAUCAUACGGUAAAACAAAAAAAAAAUUUGAUAGAGGAAUAUAAUAUACCAAUGGAAGUUAAAAUAAACUCAAAGUAUAAUUCAUCUUUUAUGUCUAGUAAAGAUAAACAUGUGAUUGAGGAAAAUAAUAAUUUAAGAAAUAAUUCUUUAAUAAUUCACAAUUCUACGAAUGAACAACAAAAUGUAUCACCAAAUUUUCAAAAUUGUUAUCAAACCUUUGAUUAUUCUGAUGAUAAGAAUAAAUCUUAUAAUGAGAAGAGUAAUAUGGGGAAUCAUUUUCAAACAUAUUAUAAUCAUGAUAAUAAUAAUAAUAAUAAUAAUAAUAACAAUAAUAAAAAUAAUAAUAAUAACAAUAAUAAUAAUAACAAUAAUAAUAAUAAUAAUAAUAAUAAUAAUAACAAUAAUAACAAUAAUAACAAUAAUAGUAAUAAACAAAAUGGAGGAGAUGAGAUUGAUAAAACGCCUAAACAAAAUUCAGCUUAUAGAAAUAUCCAGACAAAUCAUAACAUUAACAUGGUUCAAGAUGAUGAUGAUAAUAAUAUAUCACGAAUAAUAUAUAAAGAUUAUGAUAAUACAUAUAUGAAUAGGAAUGAUCAAAAUAAUGACUAUAAGGAAAAUUGUACGAACAAACAUUUUAAUAAUAAUAAUAAUAAUAAUAAUAUUAAUAAACUUAUGUAUAUACCAAAUGAUGUUUUAAAUAAAUCUGCUCAACAACAAUAUAAUAAUAAUAUGAAUUACAUAAAUUGUAAGGAUAAUAAGAAUGACAAUAAUGAUAAUAAUAUGCUGAAUAUAGAUAAAAAUCAAAAUAACUUCCAUAAAAAUAUAACAAUGUUUCCUAUGUAUAAAAAUGAAGUAGAAAAAAAUUUUAUUCAGGUUAAUGAACCAUUAGCAUAUGAUAAUGGGAUAAUAGCUUUUGGUAAAUAUCCAACUGAUUCAUCUAAAGAAAUACAUAGAAAGGAAUCCAUUACUUAUGUGAAUAAUAAUUUUGAUAACAAUAUAUUUAAUAAUAAUAAACAUGAUAAGAAUGUGAUGAAUGCUUUUUAUGAUAUUAAUGAACAAAAAGAAAAAGAAAAGGAAAAAAAUUAUAUAAACGAUAACAAUAUGGGUAAACAAAGAUCUCAAAAUUAUUUAAGAAAUGAUAUGAAUAGUAUGAAUAAUAUGAAUAGUAUGAAUAAUAUGAACAAUAUGAAUAAUAUGAAUGAUAUGAAUAAUAUAAACCAUAUGAAUAAUAUGAAUAGUAUGAAUAAUAUGAACAAUAUGAAUAAUAUGAAUGAUAUGAAUAAUAUGAAUGAUAUGAAUAAUAUAAACCAUAUGAAUAAUAUAAAUAAUAUAAACCGUAUGAAUAAUAUGAAUAAUAUAAAUAAUAUGAAUAAACAAAAUAGUAAACAUAAUGUCUUAGGUAUAAAUGCGCAUAUUUUAAAUAAUAUUGAAUUUCAUCAUGAAGAUAAGAAUAAUUAUAGUGAACAAGAAACUGAAAAGUAUAAUUUUUAUAAAAACAAUUAUGUUGAUGAAAAUUAUCAAAAACAUUAUUCUACAUAUUAUGCUAAGGAAGAAAUUGUUUCAUCAAAUUUUAGAAAUAAUAUGAAGACAUUAGAUAAGAAUUUUUUUAAUAAUAGAGGACAAAAUAAUAUGGAUAUAGCUAAAAAUUAUGAACCAAAUUUAACUUUUAAAAAUGAUAUAUAUGUGAUUCAAAAUGGAAAUAUGAAAGAAAAUGAAAAACACAUUUGUAAUGAGCAAGAAUUUGUUCAAAUACAACAAAAUGACGUUUAUGAUAAAAAUGAAAAAGAAAUCUAUAAUAAUAAUAAUAAUAAUAAUAAUAAUAAUAAUAAUAAUUAUAAUAAUAAUAUUAAUAAUAAUAAUAUUAAUAAUAAUAAUAUUAAUAACAAUUAUAAUAAUAAUAUUAAUAACAAUUAUAAAUGUGUGCCUAAUAAUAAUGAUUAUCAGGACAAGUUUGACGUUCCAGAGUAUUUCGUAAAAAAUAAUAAUAUAAUAUAUUAUGAAGAUAAUAAAUUUGUUCACAAAAAAUAUGAUAAUCAGACAUACAACAAUAUGAUUGAACAAAAUCAUUAUGAUAAUAAUGCAGGAAAUUAUUACUUAAUGAACAAAGAAAAGAAUACAAAUUUUGGUUUUUGUAAUAAUAGGAAGGGGGAUAUGAUAUCACCAUAUCCUGUAAAGGAUGAUCAUACAAAUUUUUCUUAUGAUAAAAUGAGAAAAAAUAAUAAUAAUAAUAAUAUUAAUGAUGAUUGUAAUGAUGAUUGGGUUGAUGAUUAUGCAAGUAAAAAUAAACUUGCUGUUAAUAAUGAACACAUAAAAAGUUUACCUUUAAAAAAAUUUUAUACCGACUAUGAAAAUUGUCGUAUGAAUUGUAGUGUAUAUAAAGAUAGCCCACAUUAUGAAUUAGAAUAUUCUGAUGCUAAUUACGUGAACAGAAAAUAUGAUGAGACCGAUAAUAAUAUCAGAAAAUAUAACACCAUCAAGGGACAUAUAAAAAGUGCUAAUGUUACAGAAGGUAAUAUAACACAAGGUAAUAAUAUGAAAGGAAAUGUAAAAAUUGGUAAUAUGACUAAUCCUCAUAUUAAAACUAGUAAUAAAGAGAAUAUUAUACGAACAUCUAAUGAUAGUAAUAAAAGCAUCAAUAGUGAUAAUCUUCAAAUGUUAUAUGAUUUAUAUGAUGAACAUUAUGAAAUUUUAAGAAAAGAAAAAAAUGGUGAUGUCCUCAAUAAAAUAAUGGAUGUUAUGAUGAAUAUACAAAAUGAUUUGAAGGAUGUAAAAUAUAAAUUGUCCAAAAAAAAGAAAAAUGAAGAGAAAGAAAAGAUGGAAAAAGAUGAAAAGGAGGUAAAGAGGGAAAGGGAGAAAAAAGAAGAAAGGAAAGAAAAGGAAAGAAAAGAAGGAAAAAACGAAAAGUUAAAAGAAAAGAAAAGGGACAAAGAAAAUGAGAAAGAAAAAGAAAAUGAGAAAGAAAAAGAAAAGAAGAAAGGCAACGAAAAGAAGAAAGAUAACGAAAAGAAGAAAGAUUACGAAAAGAAAAAAGACAACGAAAAAAAGAAAGAACACGAAAUAAAAAAAGACAACGAAAAAAAGAAAGAACACGAAAUAAAAAAAGACAACGAAAAAAAGAAAGAACACGAAAUAAAAAAAGAACACGAAAUAAAAAAAGAAAACGAAAUAAAGAAAGAACAACAACAAAGGAAAGAAGAAGAAAGAGAAAAGGAAGGAUACAUGGUUAAAGAGAUAGAAAAAAAUAAAGUUAAAGAAAAAGAAAGAAAACAUGAAGAUGAAUAUUACAAUCCAAAUUAUUUAACAAGAAAUAUAAAAUCUGCAGAAGACGAAAAUAUAUUAAGCGAAUCCAUAUUUCUAAACAAAAGACAUUUAGAUGAAAAUGCAAAGAAAAUAAAAAACUUGGAAGAAGAAAGGAAAAAAUUAUUAAAAUAUAAUGAGAAAGAAAAUUAUAAAAGUAUGGACAAUAGUACAAAUAGUAUAGAAGAAGAUGAGUUAUAUAAUAAACAGUAUAUCAAUAGGAAGGAUUCUAAUAUUUUGAAGAAAAAAAACUUUGAUGAAAAUAAAUAUAGUAAUCAUAACAAUGUUAUAAAUAAAACAAAUUAUGAUAAUGAUUAUAAUAAUGGUUCUACUAAAAAGUUCAACAUGGAUGAUAUUUCUUCAAAUAAUAAUCAUAAUAAAAAAAAUAAUUCCAUGUUGAAUAAUAAUAGUAAUAAUAAUAAUAUACUUAGUACUGACAAGCCUCCAUCAGAUAUUAUUUAUAAUAAUGAUAAGACAUCAUCAAAUAAUUAUAAUAAUAAUAAUAAUAAUAAUAAUGAUAAUCAUAUGUCAGAUAAUUAUUAUAAUAGUUAUCAGAAAAAUAUGACUAUUGAUUUUCCAAAUAAUAGUAAUUCAUAUAAUAAUUAUGAUAAUGUUGAAAAGGAAUUAUAUACAAGUUUGAAUUUCGAUUUAAAGAAUUUAAAUUAUGAAGAUAUAGAAGAUUCAGUUAUUAGCAAAUCCAAUAGAUUAUAUUUAUUUAACAAAUUUUUUACAUCAUUAUUUUAUGAAGACAAUACAAGAACUCAUAAUUUCAUUAUGUUUAAUAUAUAUAAUAUAGAACAGAAAAGACAGACACAUAAGGUUUCUUUAUUUUUAGAAAAGGACUAUAGUAAUAUUUUUCCAUAUGCAUAUAAUAACUUACUCUUUUAUGCAUUUGAUUGUUAUAAAUUUUAUAGACAUAUCAAAAGUAAAUUUCAAGAUACUUAUAAAAUAUAUGAAAACUCGACAAGCUGUUUAUAUAUUAAUAAUAAUUAUGAAACCAAUUUAAUAAAACGUCUAUUUAUGGAAGAAAAUAAUUAUAACCAUUGUAAAUAUUAUUUAAAUGAAAAGAGGAUAUUAAAAACAUGUACCAAAUAUUUUAUGGAUAAUUUCCUAUCAUUAAUUGAUAAAAAAAUUAAUAUAAAAAAUAUUAUUCCAUAUAUGAAAAAAAAUAAUUAUCAAUUUGAUCAAAGGAAUCUAUAUUUUUUUAUAUCUAAUUUUAAUUUGAUGGAUAAAAUUUUUAGUGACUCUCAUGGAUUUGAUUGUAACAAAAAGUUUUUUGAACAAAAUUGUCCAAAUAUAAAAAAUUAUGCUAUCUUUUUUAAAUAUAUAAAAGAUGCUUCACAUUUUUAUGAUACCCACAUUAAAAAUAAUAAUCAUGAUCACUAUCACGACAAUAAUAAUAAUAAUAAUAAUAAAAAUAAUAACAAUUUUAAUGAUAAACAUAAUUGUAAUUACAGACUAAUUAUUGUGGCUUUGCAUAAAGGUAAAACAUAUAAUUAUGAAAAUUCUUCUUUUAAUCAUUUUAUUAAUACAUUCGAUAAAGAAAUAUAUAAUUAUUAUAAUAAUUAUGACUCCAUGUCUUUUGAUAAUGGUUCAGUCAUACUAUUCAAUUUAUCAUAUGCCGUCCCUUUUUAUUAUAUAGAAUAUUAUAAAGAAUUCUAA